AUGGCCGGACAACUGGACAGCUGGGCACGCAGAGGCCAGACAGCCAGACAGAGGCCAGACGGACGGACAGCCAGGCUGGCAGAGGAUGGAUGGCUGGACAGAGGCCGGACAGCUGGACAGAGGCUGGACAGCCGGACAGAGAAUGGACAGAUGGACAGCUGGACAGCUCAACAGACAGACAGACAGACGGAUGGACAGCCAAGCAGCCGGGCAGGCAGGCAGAACCACCGGGCUGUGACAGCUGUGCCCACAGAGCCGCUCCCGGGGGCGGGGAAGGCCAAAGGGAACAAAACAAUCGGAGAGGAGGAAGGAAAACAAACGGAGAGCGCGAACCAGAGAGCGGCGACCUCCGGCCCCGGCACCGCCACCAGCACGGCCCAAAGGUCACCCGAGCGGACCUUGGCCACCGUCCCCACUGCUCCGCUGGCCAUGGCGGUGCUGCCGGCCCUGCUGGCCCUGCUGGCCGUGCUGCUGGCCCUGGUUCCUCUGGCCGCAGCGCGCUUGGUGCCCUUCCUGUGGCAGGACCUGGCUUUCUUCGGCACCAUGGCGCGGUCAGCGCUGCGCUGCCGCCGGCGCAUGGCCACCAAGCCGGCCACCACGCUGCUGGACGUGUUCCGGCAGCACGCCCGGCUGCGGCCGCGCCAUCCCCUGCUGCUCUUCCAGGACCAGGUGCUCACCUUCGAGGACGUGGAGCGCCGCAGCAACCGCGCGGCCUGGGCGCUGUCGCGGCACGUGGGGCUGUGCGGCGCCGGCCAGACCGUGGCCGUGUUCCUGCCCAACGAGCCGGCCUACCUGUGGACGUGGCUGGCCUUGGCCAAGCUGGGGUGUCCCAUGGCUUGUCUCAACUGCAACGUGCGGGGACGGGCGCUGCGGCACGCGCUGGAGGCGGCCGAGGCCACCGUGGUGCUGGCCAGCCCUGAGCUCCGCGAGGCCGUGGAGGAGGUGCUGCCCGAGCUGCGCCGCGCUGGCAUCGCCGUGUUCUACCUGAGCGAGGCCUCGCCCACGGCGGGCGUGGAGGCGCUGCUGCCCCACAUCGAGGCCUCACCUGAGGAGCCGCCGCCCGCCGGGCACCGCGCCGGGGUCACCCCCGAGACCAAGGCCAUGUACAUCUACACCUCGGGCACCACAGGUCUGCCCAAGGCGGCGGUGAUCACGGAGAUGAAGAUGAUGAUGGUGGCCAGCCUGGCCCGGAUCUGCGGGCUGCGGCCCGACGACGUCGUCUACACCACCCUGCCCCUCUACCACUCUGCCGGGCUCCUGGUGGGACUGGGAGGGUGCCUGGACGUGGGUGCCACCUGCGUCCUGCGCUCCAAGUUCUCGGCCUCCCAGUUCUGGCCCGACUGCCGCCGCUACAACGUCUCCGUCAUCCAGUACGUGGGCGAGCUCAUGCGCUACCUGUGCAACACGCCCAAGCGCGCCGACGACCGCGAUCACGGUGUGCGCAUGGCCCUGGGCAACGGCAUGAGGGCCGAGGUGUGGAAGGAGUUCCUGCGGCGCUUCGGGCCCGUGGCCGUCUGGGAGUUCUACGGGGCCACCGAGGGCAACGCCGGCUUCAUCAACUACACCGGCAAGGUCGGCGCCGUGGGCAGGGCCAACAGGUUCAUCAAGCUCUUCGCUCCCUUCGAGCUCAUCAGGUACAACGUGGAGCAGGACGAGCCCGUGCGCGACCAGCGGGGGCUCUGCAUCCCCGCCAAACCCGGUGAGGACGGGCUGCUGGUGGUCAAGAUCACCAAGAACACGCCGUUCCACGGCUACGCCGGCGACGCGCAGAAGACCCAGAAGAAGAUCCUGAGGGACGUCCUGGCCAAAGGCGACGCCUUCUUCAACAGCGGCGACCUCCUCAUGAUGGACACGGAGAGGUUCGUCUACUUCCAGGACCGCGUCGGCGACACCUUCCGGUGGAAAGGGGAGAACGUGGCCACGACGGAGGUGGAGGCCACGCUGGGCUUGGUGAGCUUCAUCCAGGAGGUCAACGUCUACGGCGUGGCCGUGCCGGGGUGCGAGGGCCGCUGUGGCAUGGCCGCCGUGCGCCUCAAGGACGGGGCCGCCUUCGACGGCGACCAACUCUUCGCCUUCACGCAGGACACGCUGCCCGCCUACGCCGCCCCCCGCUUCAUCCGCAUCCAGGAGGCCCUGGAGGUCACGGGCACCUUCAAGCAGUGCAAGAACCGCCUGGUCCAGGAGGGCUUCGACCCCAACCUCAUCCGGGACCAGCUGUUCCUGCGCGACGCCGCGCGCCGCUCGUGUCCGCUGAGCGCCGCCGCCUUCCGCGACAUCCAGCAGGGGAGGCUGCUGCUGUAA